AUGAGCGAAACUCGGAUAACAACAACAAAUCAAGCCCGUAAACAACAUCACGCCCAUGCUAUCUCGGAACUUCCUAAAUCCUUGCUAGUUCGUCCUCCUUUUACGUCUACGUCGAGAUCUAAUACAAACCGGCAGCUAGUCUAUGGCAUCUGUCCUGAAUGUAACGAACUGAAUUCCUAUUACGACUGGUGCUCAUCGUGCAUCUACUACAACUAUAUCUCUUCCAAGGCCGUCUGGACUAGUGGCGACCGGGUUCUAGACAGAUUCAUCCGUGAAGCACAACGGCAGGCUGUCAGUAGACACAAUUUCAUCGAAUGGAUUCCAUUUCUGAGAUUCGAGAAUGUUACAUACCUGCAUGGAGGUGGCUUGGGUGACGUCUAUGAAGCUGUAUGGAGUGAUGGAUAUCCACAGGCUUGGGAUUACGACAACCAGAAGUUUAUGAGAUACAAAGAUACCAAAGUUGUGUUAAAGUUUAUAGAGGCGGCGUCAAGUGGAGUUAGCGAGUGGUUUUUGAAUAAGAUAAGUGCCUACAUCCGAUGGCACCAGAACAGCGGGGAUCGCUACAUCAUUCAUUGCUACGGCGUAACCCAAGACCCGGAUACCCAUAAUUACGCUCUUGUCCUUGAAUAUGCAGCGGAUGGAUCAUUGCGUCAAUACUACACUAACAAUCGAUCGGAAUUAAACUGGGAGGACAAGCUAAACAUUCUCCAUAUGAUAAUUAACGGGCUACGGACUUUACACAGCGCGGGUAUAUUGCAUUGUAAUUUACACACCGCGAAUAUACUUCAAAUAGGAAACAUUCCGCAUAUCAGCGACAUUGGUUUAUGCAACACGGCUGAUUCUACAUGUACAAACCAGCUAUUUGGCGUGCUCCCUUUCAUAGCACCAGAAGUCUUGCUUACCAAAUCCCACACUAGUGCAGCAGACGUAUACAGCUUUGGCAUGGUGCUCUGGGAACUCUCUGCUGGUACAAUACCCUACGCCGAUUGCCCUCACGACGAACAACUAGCCAUAGCCAUUUGUCGUGGACUUCGCCCUCCUAUUCCCGAUACCAUCCCGUCGUGCGUGGCCACAAUAAUUCGCAAAUGUUGGGAUGGAAACCCGAGUAAUCGACCGAGCGUCGAAGAAUUGGAGAAUAUCAUCUGGGCUUGGUAUGAGGAUGUCUCGGAUGAGAGUGGUACGAAAAUCGCCAUGGAGUUUAAAAAGAGCGACGUGCUCAGAGAGCGGAUGCUGAGAGCUAUGCGAGGAAAGGAGAGUAGGGAGAGUAGAAGCUGGAAUCGGUGGAGAAAUAGAAGAGGCAAAACUGUGGAAGGAAAAAUCUCCUGUCAUCCUCUGGCGGUAUAUAAGAGUAGGGCUAUGAAGUCGGGUGGCAUUGAGAUUGGGAGGAACGUGAAAGAGUUGAGUGUGAAAGAGUUGAGUGUGAAAGGGCCGCACAAUACAGAUGGAGUGGUUAAGGGUGAAAUAGUGACGAAGAAGGCGGAUAAUGCAAAAAAUUUAACACAGGAUAAUGAAACUCCUCCUAAACAGGAAUUCUCUCUCUCAUUUAGUGAUAUAGCUAGCAGUGUUUUGUUCAAGCAUCGCCAUCAUUAG